AUGCUAGAAAUUUCAACGAAUCACUUCAAUCAUGCUCACAUUAAUGGAAACGCGGGCAUGUACAUUCACGAACCUGAAGAAUCCCUCAGUUUUACAAAACGUGAAGAGAAAAAUGAGUUCAAUGGGAAACCGAAAGUAGAUAGUUGUCUGGUAAAUCAAGUGUGUGAAGUCAGAAAUACUCCAAAUCCACAUGACGAUGUUGCUCAUGAACAGGACCGUCCACUUCGGCGUCGUUUCCGCGAUGUAGACUCUAUCCCGUUAUUUGUGAGUACGCCGUCAAAUGAAGAAUCUAUCGCUGCUGAAAACCCCUCUGUUGAGUAUAUCCAGAAGAAAGCCAGGCGUAUAUCCCGCAUGUAUCAAGAUCGUUCGGCUGAUCCAUUUGAGGCCCUUGAAGUGGAGCCACUUCUCUUAGAGUACCUUGUGAGGCACGGUGCGUUAUCGCAAGAAGCUUCAGAGCAUAUUUUGUGUGCCGAGAAAAAUAAUCAGAGAGCUUUGCUACUGACAGAGCUUGGAUUACCUCUGUCUAACGAUGCGUCUCUUCGCUCUGUUGAUCCUGGAACUCCUCCCGCGGCGUUGACUACUGGAUUCGCCCUUUUGCUGAAUGCUUUGCGUCAUACAGGACACCAUUCUUUGGCGAGUCACCUCGAUUGUGGUAGGAGAAUUCGGCCUUCACCUGGGCUACAGUCCACGGAUGUUUCAGAACAGGGUAAGUCAUCUUGGNAUCUUGGUUGGUUGCCAUAA